UAUGUCGUUCUCCACACUUCUUUCUUUCUCAAGCCGAUUAGUUCAAUAGUUCCCUGGAACAAAAUCACGUACACGCCUGGUCUUCUGCUUGCUUGUGCCCAGGUGGCUACCAGAGGUCCAGAGCCGUUGCUUGUUCUUGGCGCUUGCCCCAGCACCAGCCUCGCGCUUCCUUGGCUCGCCCAGGUCGCCGCCGUCGCUCAGCUCGGCGCCCAUCUAUCUGCUCAGCCUCCAGCGGCGGCCUUCCCCUGCCGGUGCCCAGCCCAGCGGCCCCUCCUCUCUCUCCCUCAAGCUCUCUGCGCGCCGUGAAGCCCCUGCGCGUCGCAGUCUCCCAAGCUCGCCAUGGCUGCCGGACGAGUCUCUCCCGUCUCUGCUUGUCCUCUUCGAGCUUGGUUCCUGCGCGCGCGCUCCUCUGCUCCCAUGGCGUGUUCCUGCGCCCGCCUGGAUUUCCCUGCUGAGCUCGGUCUCAUGGCCGGCAUACGGCUUCGUGUUCGCCGGAGCUUCCUGGUGCUCGCCCAUGGCCGCCGGUGCUCGCCCUCUUGCGUCGCGCCCGACCCAGCCGUGUGCUCGCCCGACCGUACGCUCGCUCUGCUCGGCCAUGCCGCCUGCUGCGCGUGCGUCUGCUCCGUCCCGGCGCCCAAGCUCCAAGUCUGUCAAUCCACGGCGCGCCGGCAGUUCGCCGCCAACGUCCGGUCGCCGGUUAGCCCCUGCGUGUGGCCUCUGCACGUCGGGAUGGCUCGUCUCCGCUGGCCGGACGUCGAUCUCCUAUUUGCCAUGGACAGCGCAUCGACGCCUCAUUACAGCAGCCCGUUAUGGAACUCUAGUGCUUGUCGUUGAUUCCCGAUCGUCUCCGACAUUUGUCUUGCCGUCGUCGUUCGGUCACCCCGCCUCGAUGCUGGCCCCUACAUGCUGUCUUCGACUUGUGUUCGUGUCGACAAAAGAAUCUCAAUAGGAUGUGGAGAAGCAAGCCCCUGGUCGAUGCCCCCAAAUGCUCGGCGAAAGGCCUGAACAAGAAUCAUCGUCAUUUUUGCGAAGUUGUAGUAAUAUGGAGAGAGUGUUUGAUCGAAGACUUCAAUCGAAGACUAUCAUCGUUCUCACAAAUAUUGAGUCGAGUUAACUAUGGUGAGCCGAUUCACUAUUUUUACUAUUGAUUUUAUGAUCGGAAAAUAAGACGCUUAGUUUGCGUAUGAA